CAACCAUUAACUCUUUCCUGGUGUCUACACACAAUGGUAAAAUUUAUCUUGUCAAGAACAACACCAUAGACACAGGUGAAGUGGACAUAGGGAGACGAACUGUUCAAGACGUUCCGCCGGGUUUGUGGCUAUGCACACUCACAUACAAACACACAAUGGAGUCAACAUAUAUUUUUUUGCAUACAUUACAUCAAAAUAAUUAAAAAUUACAUGAGUAAUCGCCCACAAAACUGUGGCAUUUCAUAGUAUUAAAAUUGCACUUUCAGGUCAAAGUGAAUUAUAUUCAUAACCACACUUUCAUUGAAACCUGGUAAAACCAGAUGUUGUAGGCUAAAGUAACUCUUGUCGGAGAGUGUAUCUGAGGAGUGUAUUAAAAAUCCAGGAAAAUCAGAGUUUCAAGAUGCUGCAGUACAAUACUUCGAUUUGAGUUUUGAAACCUGCUCUGAACCCAAAACUCUUCAGAACUUUCCAGAGAAGAUAUACUGACAACUUGAACAUACUUUUCAACCAUUUGUUGUUAUCCUUCUCUGCACUGAGCUUCAUAAGGCGUUUGAUCCUGUUCAUGUGGGUCCAGUUUCAACUGUAGUGGCUGGAAUGUGCUACACAAUUCAGAACAAAUGGCCAUGUCAGUGGAAAUUCUGAGUGUGAUACCAAACUGAGUAACUGAAAUGACCUCCAGAUUGGAAAGGCACUACUACUGGACCUCACCACUGUGGUUCUGUUCCAGGCGUAUAUUACUGAUGUUUUAAGAGACAUGCUGUUACCUGGGGAACUGGACUUUUGCAUCCUACACUGAUGACAAAGGCAGCCAGAACAGGGGCAAGAGGUUCAGACGCUCUCUACACUGAAAAGCAGAUGCAUGCAUUUUUAUCGACUCCAUACAAACAUGAUAAAUGCCAGGCAGUAAGGGGUCUGAUCACUGUCUGGGCGGACAACAUUGUUCAAAAACAACUUUGCAGACUGUCAGAACUCGGAAACGGGAGUGCAGCGGUCCGGGACUCGUGAUGUGUAUGGAAGUUUGAUAAAUGUAACCAAUAGCAAAGCCCGUUAGAGGGCAAGGCUUCAGCCCCACCAGAGGUUCAAUCAACCCCGAACUUCAUAAGCCCUGACAAUAGCAUUACAGAUCCAAUGUGACAGUCGCUGAGCUGCCACAGUGCCAUCCCAGCAGAACGACCACCAUAGCAUACAAACAGUCUGUUCGAACGACGAAGAGACUGAGUAUGGAGCACAUAGCAAGCCAGAGCUGUCACCGAACAUAGCAGAUGCAACCGGGCAGACUUCUCAUCUUGAUGAUGAGGACGAAAAAAGGCCCGAAAAGACACCACUCUUGACCUAAAAGAAGGCAUUAUAACCUUAGGUCUGAACGCAGGAUUAGGGCACAGAGUAACAGAAUCUCUGUCUGCCCCAAAAGCCAUGCAGGGUGAAUUCACUGACAAAGCAGCCAAGUCACUCACCCUCUUAGUUGAGACAAGAGCCAAAAUAAGGGCUGUCUUCAGGCUCAAAAGCUCCAAUGAGGCCAACACCAGUGGUUCGAAAGGUGAACCACACAAGCCAUCCAACACUCCCUGAAGACUCCAGUGUGGGAAGAUACUCCUGACUGGAGGUUUAAUCCUCCUCGCUCCCAAUAGAAAGUGUUUCACCACUGGAUGGCUCCUGACCGAGAAACAUCCAUAUCCCUGGUGGCCCACAGUGAUAGCAGCAGUGAACACAUGAAGCGUCGCUGCUGCCGGUCCCUUAUCAAAGAGGUCUUGCAAGAAGACCAGAACCCCUGAAAGCAGACAUGAUGAUGCCACCAAGUGUCUCUCCUCACACCAUUUUCAAAACAGAUUCCACAGUGAGGUAUAUGCUUUAGUGGUGGACAGUGCCCUAGCACUCUGUAUUGUGUCCACCACCGAUUGAGAUAAUCCGAGGGAGCCCAAUCUCACCCUUUCAAUUUCCAAACCUUUAGAGAACGACCUAAUAUGGGACGAGAGCGGAUGGUUUGCCUCAGCUUGAGACAAUACCCCUGUAAGGUCUAGAACAGGCCAAGGGGUCCCCACUGUCAGACUCACCAGAUGCGAGAACCAUCUGGUGCCCGGACUCUCCGGCGCCACCACCAGUACCGAGAGACCCUGUGUCCUCACACGGUGUAACAGUGGCAACAUCAGUCAUAGAGGAGGAAAAACGUAGAGAAGGCCACGUCCGAUGCGUCAAUGCGUCUACCGCCAACGUUGGGCUGUCUGACGAUCUCAGAGAGAACCAGAGGGGACAUUUAGCAUUUGCUCAAGUAGCAAAGACAUAUGGAACUGGGACACCGAAACGAUCCCAGAUCAUCUCUACCACCUCCUGCAUGAGCUCCAACUCGUCCAUGAGAGCUCCCCCCCUCAACAUUCUGUCCGCUCCCACGUUCAGGAGGCCCAGGACAUGACGAGCCCUUAGUGACAUUAGUCGGUCGUCUGCCCACGUCAGGAUGCUGGCAGCCACCCGAUGAAGAGCCAGAGACCUCACGCCGCCCUGGCGCUUCAGAUACGCAACUGCCGUGGAGUUGUCUGACCCGACUGAGACAUGUUGCCCUGCCACCAGAUGUGAGAAAUGAUGAAAGACCUUCUCCACCGCAUGUAUUCUGUCGCGGGGGACCCGUCCAAGUCCCUCCGACACUGGCCUGACGCAAGGUUUCUCCCCAACCUGUUAGAGACGCGUCCGUGAACACAUGAACGUUACGUGGAAUGCAACCCAGCUUCACACCUCUCUCCAUCAGACCCAGGGAGUCCCAACAGGCCAAAUCCUGUCGAACUUGUGCCGGCAGUAUUAAGCGUCUGUGCUUGUCCCUGACAAUGAUGCAAUCACAAACGACAAAAAUAGCUCUGAAGACGUCUCAUGUGGAGCAGCCCCAACUUCACUACCGGAUGCGCCGCAGCCAUCAGACCCAGCAGUGACAUCGCUUUGUGCGUCCUUACUGAGGGGCUGUCCCAUACCUUGCUGAGAUGCUCCAUCAAUGACGCCAUCCUCUCGUUCGAUAGCAGAGCCGACCUUCCCCGCGAAUCCAAUAGAAUCCAGAGAAUAUCCGAACGGAAGUCGAUUGAACUGAAAACAUUUUCCCCACCACCCAAAACGGAGGUACUGCCUGUGACGGGGAAGGAUGGGAACAUGAAAAUAAGUGUCUGUCGGAUCGAUCAACGUCAUCCAAUCGCCGUGUCUGACGCACUGUAUCAACUCGGGUCGUCAGCAUUGUGAAUGACCACCGUGCGAUGUAGUAAUUUAGGUCCCUGAGAUCAAAAAUGGGUCUCAACCCCCCUGAUCAUAACGCAGGUAGCAUCCAACCUUUCUGCCUUUAUUGAGGGAGAAACCGCUGCACAAACUGCAUUGUUGCCGGGUCUCGCUGGUAAAAGCGCCGCCAUCUUUGGUGUUGCAUCUUGGGAGGUGAGGCAUCACUGGACUCUGCAAAUGGCCGCCCGAACGUCCCGGAUGUUCCGCACCCGCUCUGUGAGACGGGAGAUGCAUGAAAUGGUGACUACACUUACCACUGACGAAGCCAAUAUGGUGGGUCUCCGGCAUAGCACCAGUUUGCCUAGCUUUCUUCAUCACUCAUACACAAGCCCCCUCCUCUCGUGAGUCUCUUACCCAGCAAGAUGCUGCAGCUCUCCGGGUCUUGCAAGCGUGUAGACGUAAUUACCCACAUUACUAACCAGCCCUGGUGAAACCCUGAGCUAGUAGUACGAACCACGGACGGACAUCAGAGCAGUAUAAGCGACACCAACAUAGUUUCUCUAUUUUUUAUUCACAUUAUGCUCGGGGGUGUCGGGAAGCCUCUGCCCCUCGAUCCGGAGCCUCCCGGUCUCUGGUGUGACGUUCCUGGACCUCUCGUAGGGACCUGGUCUGGUCAGCCCAGAGCCCCUUGGAAAGGGUCCUGCUCUUGACGACUCCCCACCACCGCCGCUGCUGCUGCUGCAAACUUUGCGCGGUCUCUUGCGCUCCGCCAACCUCCUAGGGAAGGUUGGAGGAGAUGGCUUCUGCAGGAAUUCGUCCAGUACACCUUUGGGCUUUUUAACACCGUCCAUAAGCUUCACCAGCUCCUCCACUGCGCCAAAAAGUGACUUUUGCGUUAUGGGUGCCCCGAUAACAAGCCGGCGCUCACUCUCUUUCAGCCCCAUCCCAACUAGCCAUAGGUUGCACAUGGUCAUCUGCGCCCCCGCGCACACACGCCUCCCCAUCCUUCAACAAUGCCUGGAACAUCCUAAGAAGUCCAGCCGCCGAGAUCUGGACUUCCUGGAUGUCAUCCUCCGAAAAGGAAAUUUUGCCAAAAACAAGGCGAUCAAGGGAUCCGACCUGAGUGUCACACGCGAAGCUCCUGUCCGCCAUCACAGACGUUAGCCGGUCAUGUUCUGCCGGGAGAGUGUGCUUCGACGAUAGGCCGGGGAAUGUGAUGGACCAAGGGAGGAGACCCACUCCGCGCCCAGGGAGGGGACGCCCUUCCUCCAGUCCACCCUCUCCACGUUGCAGUAGGCGGCGUAAGCUGAGGCGGGUGACUAGAAGGUUAGCGGACUUGUCCACCUCAGAGUGCCUCCAGAGCGUCGCCAUUUUUGGGCACGUUGUGGUCAUGCGCUGGGUCCGGAAGUCCUCCUCGUCUUCCUCCACCGGAGAGGACAGCAUCUUCUCUCCCAGACGCUCGACUGCUGUUCUGAACAGCCCGGGCAUGUCGUCCAGAGGGAACAUAUUGACUGCCGGUCUGACGGUGGGCUCUGGGUCCAGCUCAUCGAAUUCUUCCUCUGGCGCGUCCACAUAGAGGUUGUGCGGGUCCUCCUCAACAAACACCCUAUGGACGUCCUCCUCAUUAUAGUCCUCCCAGGGCUUCAUAGGGGCGGACUUGGUUUGCCCGUCCUUGGCAUGGCUGGUGGAGGGGAGGCAGACUGAGCCGACUGCCCUGACAGCAAGGAGGCCGCCUGCUUGUCUGGCUCUUCGCCGGGAAGCGUCGUGAGUGUAAUAUGUGGCCAACUCACCCUUGCAAACUGUUCAUGCUGAAGUUUCCAUCCUUUAAAUUGCAAAAUCCUAUAUAUCCAAUAGCACCCGAUGGUGAUACUAACUCAGGCUGAGUGAAAAAAGAGGACGAGCAGCAGCUAACAGGGGGUUUACGGGAGAGAUGGAGCCUACCUGGGCAGAGAGUUAAUCAUUCGAUUCUGAGGGGCGAGGUGGGGCCUCGGAGUGGAAGUAACCAAUAGUGAACCCCUUAGAGGGCGGCGCAGUGUGACAUAGAACUCACGUUUUCGCCUUUAUUAGGCUGAUAAGCAGAUUUGCUUAAAUGAUUCAUGCUGCCUACAGUAAGGAGGACUACGAGGAGGAAAGACGCUGAUUUUUCCCAAGUUAUUGAAGAUCACCAGUCUACUCAUUGAUCAUUUUUGACGUCUGGAUUGGUACCUGAGAGUGACAUAGAUCAAUCAAGGUGCUCUGUAUUACACAGUUUAUUUCUACUAUUUUCUUGUAAAAUAAACAUGACAACACUCUUUCAUGCUUAGUUUUGGCUGUGAAACACCACAUUCCGUUUCAGCCGUGGCAGAGGUCCGUCAUGAGUUCAUAUCUGAGGUGAGGAUGGCGCAGAGGUGCGAGGCUGCACAGCAUGGAGAGAAUUGAACUCAGGCCACCCCAGACAGAAACCGCAGAGUGAAAAGCCUCUCAGUCACUGUGACGACCGCCAUCAAUUUGUUACUGUGUGUUUUGGAGGUCCCAGCUGCAUGUUGACCAACCCCAGUUCUUGAAAUUCAACAUCUCUCUUCAGAAAGAUGCUCUUGUUGGAGUGUAUGGACGUAAGAGUGUUGCCCCCUCACACACUCAGGUAAACUACAUAAACACUUGCAACAAACUCACGACACAGAAGGCAUAGCAUAAGGCGACAAACAUUGUUGGUUAAACUACCCCGAUACUACAUUCUGGCAUUGCUAGAAGUUAGUGAUGUUCGAUUCCACUGAUUUCCUUUCCGAUCCGAUACUGAGUAAUAUUCGGGCUGGUAUCUGCGAUACCGAUACCUAUAUGUAUGUGACUACACCUAAUCAUAGCUUCCUUGAAUACAGGGAUGAGUAACUUGAUUAUUCAUUUAUUUACUCUGAAACAAUAAGACAUUCAUUUUUUUAAUUAUUAACAAUCACUAUCAGUGUAAUUCAACAUGAACAUGUUAACAUGAAAACACUGAAUAUGUAGACACAGCAUCCAACAUUGUCAGCCCUCGCUCAUAGGUUUUUGUUCAGGAACAAUAGCAUAUUUACUGUCUCCCUCUUUAGUCUUCAAUAGCAAUUCAAAAUUCACAGAAUUCUGACCAGUCAAGGUUGUCUUUUUCACUCACGAUGGUCAGAGGCGCUACUGCAGACCAGAGUCUCAGACAGACGUCGUGGAACUGACAGUGAGCACUCACCCUCCUUGAUCUUUUAUUGAAGAAAAAAAUCUGAGAUUAGAAGCAAGAGAUUACGAAUCAUAUUACAAUGGAAAAUUACCAGGAGGGUUUCAAUAUCUCUCGCCCGGGUGUUCACAAUCUGUGUUUCUACACUUGAAUCGCCUCAUCCACAACGUGCGGUUAGUCGGCCCAGUUUCCAGUUGUUCUCUUCAGCGGUGCACAGUGACAUUGUGACAUUUAAUCAUAGAUAACAUAACGUUUGGUUAAUUUCUUUUACAUUUCCCUCCUGUUUAUCAAUGAUUAAAACAAUAAUAACAUAAUGCAAAACCUUCUCAUUACUUGAGUGGGAAGAAAACUACCCAAAACCCUUUUAACAGGGGAAAAUUAAUUGGAAAUAAUACAAUAUUUGGCAGCUAAACUUAUGUUUUAUUCAUCUUUUCUACAUUUUUCACCAAGACUGUUUUAUUGUCUGGUCUGGUCUAGUUGAAGCACCUUUCUGUAACUCUUUAUAAUCUCUAUGAAAAAAUAUAAUACCUGACAAUUCGUCAAACUUGACAGGUGUUAAGGUUAUAGUUGUCUCUUUAAUAUAAAAUUAAUAUACAUUUAAUAUCAAAUUGAUAUAAAGUUCUUAAAAUAAUGUGAAUAUAAAAAUGAUAUCGAGUGAUAGUGAAAAUGAUGUGGAUAUGAAGAAAAAAAAAGAGAUGAAAUAGAAAUAAAAAGUGUAUGAGGUGUGUAGAUGGGUGGGUGCAUCGAUGAACCCAGUCACCACCGCCAAGGUGGGCGUGUGUGUGUGUGUGUGGGAACCAUGACCGCGAGUCAACAGCCGCAAAACAGAUGGAAGAUGAUGGCUUCGGAAAACAAAACUCCGAUUAUCAAUGAGACAUCUUUGACGGUCAGAGAGGAGCCGGUAGGAGCCCCGAAAAAAUCUAUGCUGUAUCUUCGAAGAACCCAGUCGCCACCGCCGACUGACGUUCUUCAGGAGGAAUGGUCUUGGGAGUCCUGCGGUCAUAAAGGCAAAUGGGGCUACGUAUUCAAGUAUGAGGCGCGUGAAUUGCGUCUGCACCAACUGAAGGUGGAAGAGCUUCUGACGCCGCUGACCUAUCAAGGUGUGUUAUCAUCCAGUGACUGGAGUAUUCUACGGCUGGCGAUCCCCAAGUUUCGAGCAGAAGAGAAAGAGCCCGGUGAAUUUGCUAUUGUCUGGAUAUGUAAGAACUCUGGAUCAGGCCGUUGGUUCUACAAAGCUACUCGUAGACUAACGAACCCGUCAUUGAUCAAGGAAGAAUAUUUUACCUUGGAAUACUUCAACACUAAAUGCGGAAUGUUCUGUACUCUGCUGAGCAUCCUGAUGUCGGUGUGGAUCGACAAGAUGGAGGAAAUAGCGGGGAGAGUGGAGACGUUCAACAGUAGCUGGAAGUGGAAUGAUACUCUGAUGGUGAAAAAAGCACUUUUCUUUUUGUAUCCACCUCCUCUCCCUCUCUCUCUCUCUUACUUUCUCUCUCUUCAUAACUCCUCCCUUUUAUUUCAGACUACGGCCUUUCACCUCCUUUGUAACACGUGCACUAAGCGCUCUAUGUGUGCCCCGUGUACGGCGCACGACUAUAAAAAACCAUCACCCAAGAUGGAUUUUCCAUUCCACACAUACACAGGGUGUGAACUCGGACCAAGCAUGAGAGGGAAAAGACAACUAGUUUCCACCUAUCUGGGCCCCGCUUCAACCAUGAGCGCUGAGGCCCAUGUUUCAUCGCCAUUCCACCCCGUGUUGGGGAUAGCUUAUUCCCAAUCCAGCAACAAGGGACCCGCGUCCGAAUCCGAUUCAGAUGAUCUGACUGUGAACUACUAUCAGUGGGCGACCCCCGAUCCGAUGGUUGAGGAUCCUUCUCCUCUCCUCACCCAGACUAUUCCAUCUCCAGCCAUGGGGAAAGAGGAGGAGGAGGUGGACGGUUGGAUAUCGGACGUCCUCCUGAAAGCAACAAAAAACAUCACAUUCCGUCUCUUGAGCCAUGCUCUGACCAAGUUUGCUGAGAUGAACUGCAUCAUGACGCCUUCACUGGAAAAAGAGAUCUCUCUCCGUUCAAUUUGCACCAUCAGAAUGUAGAAUAACUGGCUCUCUGUCAAGAUGGGAGACAGAUCCCCGCCAAAGCCUUCCAGCCUAAAUUCUGAAAGCGAUGCUGGGGAAUGAGUUUUGCGGGGUGUCGGCCUCGAAUCAAUUCCCUUUGACAUUCAAAACCCCUGCCUAUUUUGUCGUCAGUACUCACCCCUCCCAUAAACCGGGCGAUCAUUGGUUAGCUUUAAUCCUGGAAAAAGAUGGGAAGGCCACUUUCUUGCAUUCUUUUGGUCUUCCACCCCACUUCUCGCAUUAUCCCGUAUCAAUUCUAAGGUUUCUGGACAAACACUCUCAAGAGAUCAAGUGUCAUGAUGCUCAGCUGCAACAUAUCCCGUCAGACUUCUGCGGUCAUCACUGCAUCUACUAUCUCUACCAACGCGGCUGCGGAUUAUCUUUUGAGCAAGCACUCGGACGGUAUAAAGAUGAAAAAUAUCAACAUCUCAAGGGAAAAAGAGGCGUCUGCCCAUCCAAACAAUACAACAGUACCCUGUCGGUUUGUAAAGAGCAUUACAAGAAAAUCUGAAAUUAUUAAUUCAUGGAAAAACCUGUAACCUCUAAUCGUGUGUAAUCGUGUUGGGAAAAAAAAACUGUACUCUUAAAAUACAAUGAAUAAAUCAACUUUAUUGCUUAAAGACAAAAAAUAGUAUGCGUCUUUUUUCUUUGAGGGUACAGUAAUCCAACACGGGGUUAAGGCGAUCUGCUUUCUUUUCCUUAUCGUGGGUGUCGUAGUCUCUUUCUUUUUCCCUCUGUCGUUUUCUCUGUAUCGCUGGCGUGAGGUGUAGUAAUCCGCUUACGUCGGUCGGCCAUUCAACGGCAUUGAUCACGAUCAAGUCUUGACUGUGUAGCCAAGAGGCUACUACAAAAGUACUGGGUUGCAAGUUAAAUUACACAAUUACUCAUUGAGAACUCAUUUGCUGACAUGUCCAUCCCCUUCAGUUCAAAAAUCAAAUGAAAUAUCUGCUCUCCUGGACUCUACCAUAUAAUGGUUUUCUAUACCAAUUGUAACUUAUUUAUGUUUUCAUUCUAGUAUGACUUUGUGGAACUGCUGGAUGGCAGUCGUUUCACUUCAAAAGAGAAAAUUGUUGGUGGCAUUGGCGGCCAUGAUAAGGAAUAUUUAGGAGUGCGAUAUGCUCGAUCAGUGACCUUUCAUGAAGCCGGAUUCAUACAGUUCCUUGACGUUGGCAUCUGGCAUUUGGCAUUUUACAAUGACGGCUGCAACAUGGAGCAAAUGUCUUACAACACACUCGUCAUAGAGUCGUUGCUGGAGUGUCCGAAGAACUGUCAUGGAAAUGGGGACUGUGUCUCUGGAGUGUGUCAGUGUUUUCCUGGAUCUCUGGGCCCAGACUGCACCCGAGCUGCCUGUCCAGUACUGUGCAGUGGUAAUGGACAAUACUCCCGUGGGAGAUGCCAGUGCUUUAGUGGCUGGAAAGGCACUGAAUGUGACGUAUCAUCGAACCAGUGCAUCGACAUCCACUGUGGAGGACAUGGCAUCUGCAUCAUGGGUGCCUGCAUUUGCAACACUGGAUAUCAAGGAGACAACUGUGAGGAAGUGGACUGCAUUGACCCCGGUUGUUCAGCUCACGGAAUUUGUAUUCACGGACAAUGUCACUGUCAACCUGGAUGGGGAGGGAGCAGCUGUGAGAUUGCCAAGGCCAUGUGUCCAGACCAGUGUUCAGGUCAUGGUACCCACGACCCAGAAACCAUUACCUGUAAAUGCGACCGGAACUGGACUGGGCCGGACUGUUCUUUAGAAGUGUGUGAAGUUGACUGCGGUAGCCAUGGCUUAUGCCAUGGAGGCAUUUGCCAUUGUGAGGAGGGCUGGAUGGGAAGGGAGUGUGACCAGAAGGCCUGCCAACCUCUCUGCAGCAAAAACGGAGCGUGUAAGGAAGGAAAGUGUGAAUGUAACCAGGGAUGGACAGGAGAGCACUGCAACAUUGCACACAAUCUGGAUGUUAAAGUGAAAGAGGGCUGCCCUGGUCUCUGCAACAAUAAUGGCCAAUGUGCCCUGGAGUCAAAUGGAUGGCGCUGCAUCUGUCAAGCAGGCUGGAGGGGAGUUGGGUGUCAUGUACAGAUGGAAACACUCUGUACAGAUGGCAAGGACAAUGAAGGAGAUGGAUUAGAGGACUGUAUGGAUCCAGACUGUUGUCUGCAGCCCGUUUGUCAGAAUGAAUUAUCCUGUCGAGGGUCACCUGAACCUGUGGAGAUACUCAAGAAGUCCCCAUCCACCUUGGCCGUGCAGCAAGUUGCCAGGUCUUUCUACCAACGCGUCCACUUCUUAGUUGGGCCAGAAUCCACACAUGUCAUCUUUGGCGAAAACCCAUUUAAAAAAAGCUUGGUGUCAGUGAUUCGAGGUCAGGUGUUGACGGCAGACGGCACCCCAUUGAUUGGAGUCAAUGUGUCGUUUGUCCACUACCCUGAACAUGGAUUCACAGUGACGCGCAAAGAUGGAAUGUUUGAUUUGCUGGCCAAUGGUGGAGCAUCACUGACACUGAGUUUUGAACGUGCUCCAUUCCUCACCCAGUAUAGAACUGUGUGGGUACCAUGGAACAAGUUCUACGUGAUGGACACACUGGCGAUGAAAAAAGAGGAGAAUGACAUUCCCAGCUGUGACCUGAGUGGAUUCAUCGGACCCGCCUCUCUAAUCGUAGUUUCCCCGUUAUCCACAUUUUAUAGAAGCUCUCCUGAGGGUGGACCCAUUAUUCCUGAAACACAGGUAUUGCAAGAGCAGACUCUGAUUCCUGGCAGUGAACUGAAACUGGUCUACCUCAGCUCUCGAGCUCCAGGAUACAGACCUGUCCUCAAAGUGACAAUGACCCGGUUGUCCAUUCCAUUUAACCUGAUGAAGGUUCAUCUAAUGAUAGCUGUGGUGGGUCGGCUAUUCCAAAAGUGGUUCCCUGCACAACCACACUUGUCUUACUCGUUCAUCUGGGACAAGACGGAUGCGUAUGGUCAACCUGUGUUUGGGCUUACUGAAGCUGUGGUAUCUGUAGGGUUUGAGUAUGAAUCAUGUCUAGAUUUGAUUCUCUGGGAAAAAAGAACUGCCCUAUUACAAGGAUAUGAGCUUGAUGCGUCCAACAUCGGAGGAUGGACACUGGAUAAACAUCACAUCCUGGAUGUUCAAGAAGGAAUCCUGUACAAAGGAAAUGGUGAAAAUGUUUUUAUUUCCCAGCAGCCCCCAGUCAUCAGCAGCAUUAUGGGAAAUGGACGACGACGCAGCAUUUCUUGUCCAAGCUGUAAUGGACAGGCAGAGGGUAACAAGCUGCUGGCACCGUUAGCUUUGGCCUGUGGAGCAGAUGGAAGCAUCUAUGUGGGAGACUUCAACUACAUCAGGAGGAUCUUUCCUUCUGGUAAUGUGACAAGUGUCAUGGAGCUGAGAAACAAAGAUUUCAGACAUAGCAACAAUCCAGCUCAUCGUUAUUACUUGGCUAUAGACCCAAUUUCUGGCCAGCUCUAUGCAUCCGACACCAACUCCAGGAAAAUCUACAGACCAAAAGUACUGAGUGGUGCUGAAGACCUAAUCAGCAAUGUAGAAGUGGUGGUUGGCACAGGUGAACAGUGCCCACCGUUUGAUGAGGGACAUUGUGGAGAUGGCAAGAAAGCAACAGAAGCACAGCUGCUUGGACCCAAAGGAAUUGCAGUUGACAAAAAUGGAUUAAUCUACUUCGUGGAUGGGACCAUGAUCAGGAAAGUGGAUCAAAAUGGAAUAAUAUCUACCUUGUUGGGCAGUCAUGACUUGACAUCUGCCCAACCUUUGACCUGUGAUGCAACUAUGCACAUAACACAGGUUCGUUUGGAAUGGCCAACAGAUCUUGCCAUCAAUCCGUUUGAUAACUCCAUCUACGUCCUGGACAACAAUGUGGUGCUUCAGAUUACUGAGAAUCAGCAGGUCCGUAUUGUGGCAGGGCGUCCCAUGCACUGCCAAAUACCCGGUAUAGAAUACUCAUUGGGAAAACAAGCUAUACAGACCAUGUUGGAGGGUGUUACAGCCAUUGCAUUGUCCUACAGCGGAGUCCUCUUCAUUGCAGAAACAGAUGAGAAGAAAACACACCGUAUUCGUCAGGUGUCAACGGAUGGUGAAAUUACUCAUCUGGCUGGUGCACCAGCUGACUGUGACUGCAAGAACGAUGCUAACUGUGACUGUUACCAAAUGGGAGAUGGUUAUGCCAAAGACAGCCGUCUUAACUGUCCGUCUUCUUUGGUCGUUUCCCCUGAUGGGACUUUGUACGUUGCUGACCUAGGAAACAUCCGUAUUCGGGCAAUCCAACAAAACAAGCCAACUGGUUCAUUGGCCUCACUCCGUGACUCCUAUGAAGUUGCAUCUCCAUCUUCUCAAGAGCUCUAUGUGUUUGACUCUAAUGGCACGCACCAGUUCACCCUGUCACUUGUAACGGGUGACUAUAAAUAUAAUUUUACCUACAGCAAUGAAAAGGAUGUUACUGCAGUUACGGACAGCAGUGGAAACACGCUUCGUAUCCGCAGAGACACUAACAGGCUUCCAGUGCGUGUAGUUGCUCCAAAUAAUCAAGUCAUCUGGUUGACAGUCGGAACAAAUGGUUGCCUGAAGUCUCUUAGUGCUCAUGGUCAAGAGCUGGUCUUCUACACCUGCCACGGCAACACUGGCUUACUGGCCACAAAGAGCACCAAAAUAGGCUGGACAACUUUCUAUGAUUAUGACAACGAUGGCCGUCUUACAAAUGUGACCUUCCCCACGGGUGUGGUAACGAAUCUACAUGGUGACAUGUCUUCAGGGACUGUUACUGUGGACAUUGAGACAUCAAUGAGAGAUGACAAUGUUUAUAUAACAACCAACCUGUCAUCCAUCGACGCUUUCUACACUCUGGUACAAGACCAGCUUCGAAAUAGCUAUCGGAUUGGAAAAGACCAGUCACUGCGAGUUAUUUAUGCGAAUGGGAUGGACACACACUUUCAGACGGAGCCACAUAUACUAGCAGGUGCAGCAAGCCCAACAGUUGCACGACGCAACAUGUCUCUACCUGGGGAGAAUGGUCAAAACUUGGUGGAGUGGCGGUUCCGCAAGGAACAGGCCAGGGGCAAAGUCAGUGUCUAUGGAAGAAAGCUCAGGGUGAACGGCAGAAACAUUUUGUCAGUGGAUUAUGAUCGGACCCUUAGGACAGAGAAAAUUUAUGAUGAUCACCGGAAGUUUCUGCUCAAGAUCAUAUAUGACACACAAGGCCACCCGAUCCUCUGGGUACCCAGCAGUAAACUACUUUCUAUAAACCUGACAUACUCCAGCAUGGGUCAGGUGACAAGCCUGCAGAGGGGUCCAACAACGGAAAAAUGGGAGUACGACAGUCAGGGAAGGAUUAUCUCCAGAGUGUUUGCCGAUGGAAUGAUGUGGAGCUAUACUCACCAGGAUAAGUCAACAGUGUUGCUACUGCAAAGCCAGAACCAAUACAUAUUUAAUUACGGCUCAGGGCAUCGCCUCGCUGCUGUCACAAUGCCCAAUGUGGCUCGACAUGUCAUGCAGACAAUACGUUCCAUUGGAUACUACCGGAACAUCUACACUCCACCAGAGAGCAACGCAUCAGUGACGGUUGAUUUUUCUGAAGAUGGACAGCUCCUCAGGGUUGUACAUCUAGGAACUGGCCGUUGCAUCUUGUACAAAUACCGCAAACAGAACAAGCUUGCAGAAAUCCUUUAUGACUCAACCCGUGUUAGUUUCACGUAUGAUGAAUCUGCUGGCGUUCUGAAGACUGUCAACUUGCAGAGCGAAGGCUUCAUUUGCUCAAUUCGCUAUCGGCACAUAGGCCCCCUGGUGGAUCGGCAGAUAUUUCGCUUCAGUGAGGACGGGAUGGUGAAUGCCCGCUUUGACUACACUUAUGACAACAACUUCAGAGUUACAAGCAUGCAGGCAGUGAUAAAUGAGACGCCGCUCCCUAUUGAUCUCUACCAAUUUGAUGAUAUAUCGGGCAAGGUAGAGCAGUUUGGGAAAUUUGGAGUCAUCUAUUACGACAUCAAUCAGAUCAUCUCUACAGCAGCGAUGACAUACACCAAACACUUUGACCAGCAUGGUCGCAUCAAGGAGAUUCAGUAUGAAAUCUUUAGAUCUCUAAUGUACUGGAUCACCAUUCAGUAUGAUAACAUGGGCCGUGUCACCAAGCGGGAAAUCAAGAUUGGACCCUUUGCCAAUACCACCAAAUAUGGUUAUGAAUAUGAUGUUGAUGGACAGCUCCAGACGGUCUCCCUAAAUGAAAAGAUGAUGUGGAGGUAUAACUAUGAUCUAAAUGGAAACCUACACCUCUUCAACCCAGGGAUCAGUGGUCGUCUCACCCCUCUCCGCUACGACCUAAGAGACAGAAUAACCCGCCUGGGAGAUGUUCAGUACAAACUGGAUGAGGAUGGCUUUCUCAGACAAAGAGGGGCUGAAAUAUUUGAGUAUAAUUCCAAAGGUCUCUUGGUUAGAGUCUACAGUAAAGCUGCCAGUUGGACCAUUCAAUACCGGUAUGACGGUUUAAGCAGGCGAGUUGCAUCUCGAAACAGCUUAGGUCAGCACCUGCAGUUCUUCUACGCUGACCUCAACUACCCCACCAGGAUCACUCACAUCUACAAUCACUCCAGCACGGAAAUAACCACUCUCUACUAUGACUUGCAGGGUCACAUGUUUGCCAUGGAGAUCAGCAGCGGAAAUGAGUUUUAUAUUGCGUGUGACAACACUGGAACCCCCCUGGCAGUCUUUAACAACAAUGGAUUGCUGCUUAAACAGGUGCAAUACACAUCGUACGGUGAGGUGUAUUUUGAUUCCAAUCCAGACUUUGUGCUGGUGAUUGGUUUCCACGGUGGGUUAUAUGAUCCACUGUCAAGACUGCUACAUUUUGGCGACAGAGACUAUGAUAUACCUGCUGGCAGAUGGACAACUCCAGACAUCAGCACAUGGACACGGGUGGGAAAAGAUCCGCAUCCAUUUAACCUGUACAUGUUUCGAGGGAACAAUCCAAUCAGCAAAGUACAUCAGGUCAAAGAGUAUCUAACAGAUAUUAACAUCUGGUUGGUAACAUUUGGAUUCCAUCUCCACAACGCUAUCCCAGGAUUCCCAGUUCCUCAAUAUGAUCCAAGUAGACCUCCGCUAGAGAUGAGAAAGAGCCAGCUUUGGGAUGAUCUUCCAUCUAUCUCGGGCGUCCAGCAGGAAGUGACCAGUCAAUCUCGUGCUUUUCUGUCAUUCGAACGAAUCGCACCGCUUCACUCAGGUUGCCAUCAUUCGGAUGAUGACAAACCUUGGCUGUGGUUCGCCGUUGUCAAGUCUCUCAUUGGCAAGGGGGUAAUGCUAGCUGUCAUCCAGGGCCGAGUUGUGACCAAUUCCUUGAAUGUGGCUAAUGAGGACUGCAUCAAAGUAGCUUCUGUCUUGAACAACGCUUUUUACCUGGAAGAUCUACAUUUCACUGUCGAGGGCAGGGACACCCACUACUUCAUCAAGACAAGUCUGCCUGACAGUGAUCUAAGCACGCUGCACCUCACCUCUGGUAGGCGCUCACUGGAAAAUGGCAUCAACAUAACAGUGUCUCAGUCCACAACAGUGAUGAAUGGCAGAACCCGGCGCUUUGCUGAUGUUGAAAUGCAGUAUGGUUCUCUGUCGCUUCACAUCCGGUAUGGAACUACACUAGAUGAGGAGAAAGCACGGAUACUGGAGCAUGCAAGGCAAAGGGUUCUAUCCCAUGCAUGGGGUCGUGAGCUGCAAAGAGUAAGGGAUGGAGAGGAGGGCGCUCGCCUGUGGACAGAGGGAGAAAAGAGGCAGCUGCUUAGCAGUGGAAAAGUUUUGGGGUACGAUGGCUACUAUGUCUUGUCUGUUGAGCAGUAUCCUGAGUUUGCAGAUAAUGUGAACAAUAUCCAAUUUCUUCGGCAGAGUGAGAUUGGGAAGAGAUAACAUAGAGGAAUCCCUUAGACUUUGACUGUCAGGAAAGCAUUCUUACCUACUUUAAACACAGAUGACUUCCAGUGCCACCUUUAACACCCUGACACACUGGAGCUGGGAUGUAUGAUUUGGGUUUUGAAAUGUAUGUGUAUCUGCCCUCCGGCUCUGUUUCUCUUUUCUAUCCAAUUAUUUCUGUCUAUUUUUUCUCUGUCCUUUGCCCAGGCAUCUGCAAAUGUGCUUAUCCUUUGUGGGCUAAACAAAUGAGAGUUAUAUAUCAAGUGUUACUGUGAAACAGCCUGCGUCUCCACCCUGGUACUUGAACUCAACUCAGGCUUGAAGUUAUUAGAAGGUGCCCAGCAUACAGCUAACCAUCCAACUUUGCCUGAGUGGAACCCAGACAACAGUUGAGGUUCCAAAUGUAAUCAGACUCGUUGUUGGGUCCUCAUAACAGGGGCUGACACAAACUUUUUUUUUUUUUAUUUGUACACAGAACAAUGUCACAAAGACAGAAUAGUUUUCCUAUUGAAAAUGCAUCUGCUUUGAAGUGAAUUGUGCUUUGAAUGAACAGAAGACACCAUGAAUCAUCCCACUCUCGAUGCCGUUUCCACAGUGCCCAAGACACGGGGACUAUCUGUUCACUUUCAAGUUGAUUACAUUCGCUUUUUAAUCGUUGUUCUCUUAGUCAGCCUGUCCUUUUCUUGGCAACAUGUACGGUAGCUUUGUGUGGGUGUGUGCAUGCCCGUGUGUCAAUGUGUAUGUAUGUGUGUACACAUCUGUGUGUCAAAUAGGACACCAUAUUUCUGCCACACGUAGUAAGUAUAGUGUUUUCUCAUUCGUUGGUGGUAGGCUUGCUUGCAGUAGACACAUGGCAUUUUUGUAUUGGGAAUUUAACGUUCCUUCUCAAUGUUUCUGCUCAUUUUACUUGAAGCAAAAGUGACAUCUGAGUUAUUGAGCAGGCGUCAGUGUCAAAUUAUGUUACUUGAUAUACUUCUUUUCUUUUAGUGGAAUUGUGUAAUGGCUAAUGGGAAAUGAAUCUGUGCAGAACUACUAAUGAGUCAGUUAACAUAGGGAAGUUUUAAAACAAUCUUCAUGGAUCUGUUUUCUUUGAAAGCUUGAAAAUGUCACUUAUCCAACCAGCACUAUCCAUGAUGGUUAUUUAUGUAUAUUGUUUUUUAAAAAAUAAAUUCCCAAAGUUUUUUUUGUCCAAUGACCUCAGUAUGUAAUGGACAAGAAUGUUUAAUUUUUUCAACUUUUGUGUCACCACUCUGUCACCCAUCUUCCAAUGUGGGUCACAUCUUGAGGAAGAAAAUAUUGAAAUAUAUGUACUGAAAUAUGAAAUAUGAGAGAUGCAUUAAAUAAGAAGCACAACCUGUGAGCUGCACCCCUUGUCAAUAUCAAACCCUCCAGACUGCUUGAACUUGUUGAUAUGGAUUUCCUUUCAACAGAAACAGGACAGCACGAUUCACACGGCAAUCCUGUCAAACCACUAACAGAUGCACACAACUGCACAAGAAACACUGGUCACUGGUUACUCACCAUACGAGUUGAUGUUCAACCGACAACCGUGUCUGCUGGUUGACUGAGCCAGUGUAGGGGAGAAAUGGAAUACAUGUACCAACGUAUUUUGAAUACAAAUUCUGAGUGAUUGUAGAUUGGAGAUAUGUGGUCUGAAAUUAUUUCGAAAUUUGAAACCAUCAUUGCGGAGACUGUUAAAAGAGAAGUCAAGUCAGCUGUGAAAUCUUUUGAGGAGAAGCUCAUGACACAAAAGAGCACUGUCGACGAACUGGAGAGGUGUGCUAAUGAGCAUGAUAACAAGCUGGCGGAGCUACAGGCUAAGGUGACUUCAUUGACAGACAACGUCGAAUCACUGAGAAAGACAUGUGAGGACUUGGAGGCGCGCUCCAGGUGGAGCAAUAUCAGACUCAUUGGAUUGCCUGAAGGGACAGAAGGACCUCGCCCGACUGAUUUCAUCGCCAGUCUACUACAGGAGUUGCUUAGGCUGGAGACGGAGCUGCUUUUAGACCGGGCUCACCGCACGUUGCGUGCCAAGCCGAAACAUGACGAACCUCCUCGCCCGCUUAUUGUUCGGAUGAACCGAUUCCAAGACAGGAAUCUGAUUCUACAAAGUGCAAGUAAAGCUUCACCUUUGAUGUACAGAGAGAAGAGGAUCCAUA